AUGGGCCCUUCCAGGGGUGAACCCAUAUCCUUGGCUGAUGUUUGGAACAAGGUAAAAGGGUUUUAUUUGCUCGAAAUCAUUUUUCAGCUGAAAGGCAUAUCCAUCUCUGUGGACUUCAACCGCAAUGAUCCAAUCCGAGCUCAGCAGAGGCGGAUCGCCGAAUACAAUCGCAAGCCUUCCAUCUACGUGGAACACAACCCGUUGAAAUCUUGCCUAGGCGUGCCUGCAACAGUGGCGGGAUACGUCGGCGAUCUAUUUCAGCCAGCUGCACAUCUGCAGGAGGGACACCAUGGUUGCGUGGCGGAGGCAAAGCCUUCCCGAGAUCUCGCUGCCGGCGCUCCUAGUAGUCCGGUGUGCGACGUGAUUGACCUCUCCGUGUACAAGGUUUUGCAGCGUGCGUUGUGUUACGUCGGUGCGGGUUUGGGCAUUGUCGGCGUGGGUCUGGUGACGUUAUUUGGCCUCUUCACCGCUGCCGGUGCUACCUGCGCAGUGACUACUUGCAACAAGCUAUCCGAUGACUGUCACACAGCAACAUACAACCCCAAUGACAACGAGGUCUACUACGAAGGGAAGCCCAUCGUCAACACUCACAACAGUUACACGCCCGGUCCAAUUAACGCAUUUGCUCCAAUGUACGCUCCAUCGACUCCGCUGCAUUGGUCACACGACCUAUGA